CAGCGAAUCACCGAUCAACGGAAAGAGCCGAAGACAUCGGCUCUGUCAUGUGAUCAACUGUGUCCAAUCACAGCUGAUCGCAUGUAAAUAAGGAAAUGCCGGUUAUCGGCAUUUCUCUCCUCUCGAGCUGUCACGCUGACUGCUCUGAUCAUCAGGACACUGAUGAUCAGUGUGCCAUGAUGAUCAAUGCCACCUGUCAGUACCACAUCUGUGCCACAUAUCAGUGCCCAUCUGAGCUGCCUGUCAGUGCUGCCCAUCAGUGCCACCUACCAGUGCCUCCUCAUCUGUGCAACCUAUCCGUGCCCAUCACUGCAGCCUCGUUAGCGCACAUCCGUGAAGGAGAAAAAUCACUUAUUUACAAAAUAUUAUAA